UAAAAAAGUGCUCGAUUCCACAACGUUCACCACAACCCGUUUAUUCUGACCGCAAACGCCGAACUGCGACGACCUUUGAGACUGACUAGACAAAGGUGUACACACACAUACAUACAUACAUACAGACAUUUUGUUUGGCCGUUCGAAUCGACAUGGCCUUGUGGGGUUUCGCCGUUUUCCUGCUGCUGGCGUUGUCUCCAGCACAAAGUUCCAUCGUUCCCGUGGGCUAUCGUCUGGACUUGCACCCGUAUCCGGGCGACGGCGUUUUUAAAGGUAAGGUGUCCGUGGAAUUCAUCAAUCUCGGCAACAAGUCCGACUCGGUCGUUUUGGACGCUCACACGUCUCUCAAUGUGGCCGAGCGCGAAGUCAAACUCACUCGUGUCCCGAGAUUCGAUUCGUCCAAAGCCGACAAAGAAACUGCACUGAUGAUCGAAAAAUUGGAAAGAAACAAAGACUUACACCAGAUCAAAAUUACUGCCAACGAAACGUUUUCGAGAAACUUUACAUACAAGUUGGAAUUGCAAUUUGACGGCUCUUUGGGGAGCGACCCGACUAGUUCGUUUUACCAGUCGACAUAUUCGAAUUCCAAACAUUCGCCGCAGAAAAAAUGGUUCGUAGCUAUGAAUUUACAGAAAGGAGGUGGAGCUCAUUACGUUUUUCCGUGCUUUCUAAAUGCCAAAGAAAAGGCUUGGUACGCCCUUUCUAUAGCGCACAAAGGGGACGUGCACGUACUAACGUCUAUGCCAUUGAACGAUACGACCAACGUGACUUCGGAAGGCGUAUGGGUUCGCGAUCAUUUCUCAAUGUCACCUCCGAUGGCCGUAAACUCCUUGGCCAUGUUUCAAUCAGACUUCAAACAUCCUUCGAUUGGCGAAAACAGUUACUACAACGCUAAAAUCGGCAUUUGGGGCAGAGAGGAUCUUCUGAGAUCGCUGAGCUCGGCGCAAAUGUUUCUCCCUUCCGUGUUAGAGGUUCUGGAAGAAUAUUUUGGCAGUCCGUUCCCUCUAUCCCAAAUCAAUUUGGUCGCUCUUCCCGGAUACACCGACGACAAGCCUAUCGAUGCCUGGGGUUUAAUCAUGUUUCGGGAGUACGACCUCACCAAAAAGCGGGACGAUUUCUGGGUCGUCCAUACUCUUGCUAAGUACCUGACGAUGCAAUGGACUGCUCAUCUGACCACACCUGUGAUCCCGACAUCACUAACGUCAGCCAUAUCCAAAUUUUUAGCCGAUAAAGUAGCUUGGCAGCUUGAAAAACCGGUGUUUAACUCGUACGUGAACGAUAUGUAUGGGAUGUACCUGGAGUUCGAUAAGCCAGGAAUUACGGAAGUUAAGUCCCAAAUGGAAGCUUUGAAUGCUACAAAAAUUCAAUUCGUUUUGGAGAUGUUAGAACACGUGUAUGGACCGGAAUCGUUUAGAUAUACCAUGCAGUAUUUUUUGGAUAAAAAAAAACAUCAAUAUUUUACGGAAGCGGAUUUGUGGUCUUCAUUGACCGAUAAGGCAUACGAUUCGAAUGUAUUGACCAUGGGAACAUCUCCAGUUAGUAUCGAACAAGUAGUUUCUCCAUGGUUGCAGACAGAUCGACUCCCGGUUGUCACGUUUAGAAGAAAUUAUAAAAACACCACUGUCCAGAUUAUGCAAGAACCAUUUGUGUUGAAAGACGACGAAGACGACGUCUCGUCUCCGGCCAAAGUAACAAAAACUCAUACAUGGUGGAUUCCUAACAUUGUCGUUUCUCAGACCAAUUUUACCGUAUCAACAGACGACAUAACUUGGUUGAAGCCUUUGUCGAGUCAGGAAAUAGACUUAAAGCGAUACAACUUUACUAACAACCAAUUCAUUCUAUUCAACCCCGGUAGCUUAGGACCGUUUAUCGUUAACUACGACCUCAAAAAUUGGGAACUAAUAUCUCAAUAUCCCAGACGGUUUCCCGUCAAGAUCCGUCAACAGCUGAUACAUGACUCUCUAUCUCUCAGCCUAUCCGGUCGCCUGUGUUACGUGUACGCCUUUAACGUGAGCAAAAUCAUCGAGCAAGAACCCGAACCGGCCGUGUGGAAGAUUUACAUCGGAUUAGCCACAAGACUGAGAAGCAAGUUCCAGGGCACAUCGGUGGCUCCUAAAUACGACUUAUAUCUGAAAAAAAUGCUGAAAUCCGUCAACGCCGCCUUGGAACAACCGGAGAGAGGAGAAUCGACCUGGAAGGCGCAAUUCCGGGCCGAGAACAAGCGGCUUUUAUGCGAGACCGGACACCCUAAAUGUUUGAUGGAAGCCCGUGUAAUGCAGUCCAGGUUGAACAUGUCUAACCCCGACGAAGAUAAAAUAUUUUUGGACAACUACUUGUGCAUCCUGCUCGGAUUCGGUACGCUUGACGAAUGGGAAUUCGGAUUGCAUAGGAUUAUGUACUACCCAAAAAACAAGUCACAGACAGAGAGAUUGUUCAUUUUCAGAUCUUUGGCAAGCUGCCCGAAAAACGAAACGAAAUUCGUCAGAAUGUUGAAUUUGACGUUGAUGAACGACGAUCGUAAGUUUAGCGAAGAAGAUAUCCUGACAAUGUUGACAGUCAUGAGCACAGUAUCUUUAGGACACGAGACUAUGUUUAACUUUAUGAUGAAAAACUUCGAGUACUUGAGCACUAAGCUGGAGAAAAACGUUUGGGAAUACUUUGUGAAAACUUCGUUUAGCCACUUUAGGACGGAAGAAGGACUCGAUAAGGCUAACGAGUUUUAUCAACGAAACAAGCGUCAUUUUGUGUCCGUCGACGUUAUCGUGAAGGACGGAUUGGAAAAAGCCAGGAUUCAAGUGGAAUGGGUGAAGAAACAUCUGAGUCCAUUGGACGCCUGGUUGACAAACGCCCUACAAGAACCGUGGAUUCCCCACGAGUUCAAUUUCAGAGAUGUGCCAUCGUUCUUAGCCGGGUGAAAAAGAAAAAAAGAAAAAGAGUAUAAUUUUAUUGAACAUCAUCACAUAAUAAAUAUAAUUUCAUAUUUGUAUACGUUCUUAUGAUAUAAAUUUUAAUAAACGCUUUUAGAAAGU